AUGGAGUUGCAAAUGCUGCUUGUACACUGCAACAAUCUGUUUACUUCUAUUCCUGGAAACAUGUUUUGCUUUACCAUUUACUCAUGCGUGGUGUAUGCUGGAAGUAGGAUAUUGGAUUUUGGGUUUCAGCUAGAAUCAUACAGGCUUGGCAAGAAGGUCAGUAAAGCUCCAAAAAUCCAGAGGUUGGCAACUCCAUUGACACUCCAGAGGAAGCUAACUAGAAUUGCAGAGAAGAAGAAAAGAAUUACAAAGGCCAAGGCUGAGGCAGCUGAGUACCAGAAAUUGCUUGCCAUGAGGUUGAAGGAGCAGAGGGAGCGCGGUUGUGAGAGUUUAGCAAAGAGGAGGUCUAAGCUCUCUGCUGCUUCUAAGCCUUCUGUUGUGGCUUAG